AUGUUCACCACGUCAACUGUCACAACUGCGCCCACCCACCCGGAUUCCGGUCCGAAGACGCCCACGACAUCGUCAUUAUCGCAGUUGCUAUCUUCUCCCCCUCCUCCUCCACCUCCCGCAGUCGCCGUCUCUCCUCCAGAGAAUUCAUCGCCGCGACGAAUCAAGUCCAAAUCAUCCCUGCGCAGUCUCCGCAGUCUUGGGAGUAGCCUUCACGACGACGAUCUUGACGAUAUCUACGAUCAGGCUGGGUCGGACAAAUCACUCAUUCGACCAUCCAUCCUUCGCCGCCUGUCUCCUGGUCUAGCAGCGCGCGUCAAGCUGUUGGAUGGGAGUCACAAAACCGCGACUCCCUCCCGUAACUCAGGUGCCGUUGGUCGAAUCCCCGAGGAGCACAUCAAGGAAUUAGACAGCCGCAACAAAGACCUUUCGAUCAAGAUUGAAAAGAGAGGACGGUCGUGGAAUGCGGUACACUUUGGUGGCAAAGGUAGACAACUGCAACAGAUUGACUCAACCUAUCUGGAGGUUCACGACCCGGACGCAGAAUUGCCUUCCCCAGUGGAGUCAGAACCGGUAGAACCCGUCGAGGAAAGUUCCACGUCGGUCGCAACCCAAGAUCCCGUUGAAGAAACAUUAGUCGAUCAAGCACCAGACGCCAGCCUAACCCAAGAAGUGGAAGAAGUAGAAGAACCGGAAGAAGCUCCAGUGGCCAUGGCUGCAGUUGCGUCUCUGCCAGCGCCACUAGACAUCGAAUCAAGUGCUCCCCAUAACAUGCAGGUCGAACAUGACCAAACAGAUUUCGAGAAGUUUAUCCAAAGUACUAGUGACAACGAAGCUGAGCAACCUCCACCGCCUCCACCGAAAGACUCGCCGCGCCCACCGUCGGCCAACUCGAACGUACAAUCUUACUUUAACCCCCAGGGUUUGCAGCGCCCCGAAUCAAUAUACUCCUUCUCUCGCGCGUCCUUCAGUCACCAGCUAACCCAGCUCACCUCCAUCCCACUGCCCCAACCGUCGUCCCUUGAAGCCAGCAUUGCCGCAAUACCCAACGCGCCAUUGGCCGUCAAAUCUCUCACUGGGUCCGCGGCACAAAUUCAGAUAUGGAUCAAAAAGGCCUCCGAUGUGUUAAGUGGUCUAGAUGCGGAGGACGAAGUGGAGUGGGCAGCAGCGGGCGGACGAGAAGGAUUGGACGGGAUCGACAAGGCGAUUACGCGGUUCGAAGGUCUAAUGAAUAUUUACGUGAAAGCCAUUGAAGAUGUGCAGCUUCGAGCCGACAUUGGCGACGUUAGUGCCGACAGUUUGAAGAUCAUUGUGAUCCAGAUGGACAGUAUAUUACAAAGCUGGGCGGAUAUCAAGAACCGGCUAAGAAAUGUGAAGGAACAAGUGGAGUUGGCUAUGGAAUGGGAGGAGCUCUGGAAUACCAUUUUGGGGGACGUCAGCGCUGAGGUGGAGAGUCUGAGCCGGCUACUCUUCGAGAUCGAAGAAAAGCGACACAUCAAUAUGGCAAAUGCAUGGGCCGCUGAGCAGGAGUCGAAUAGCUCUGGGCUCGAUAUUAGCGAGUUGGAGACGAUCGUCGAGGAAACACCGAAUAAUGGCCACUUUUCGAGUAGUAACCGACAUAGUAUCUUAUUCGAUGCGCCACCGACCCUGGAUACCCCGCUCAUCCAAACCCCACAGGACGACUCAGAGCAUGCGGAUCUCAUCGCUGUAUUUGCGCGGAUACAACCCUUGCGGGCAUCCCUUGCGUUCUUGCCCAUGCGGUUGUCCAUGUUUCAGUGCAGAGCAGACCGGAUCUUCCCCAGUGCCUGUGCGGAGAUGGAGGAGCGGCGAAAAGGGCUAGAGAAGAGCUAUCGGACCUUGGAGGCAGAUGCGGAAGCUCUGCGGAAGGAGUUCAGUGAGGAUCGGUGGGUUCUUGUUUUCCGCAAUGCUGGCAUGCAAGCGCGGAAAAUGUUUCUUUCGGUUGAACGAAGCAUUGCCAAGCUGCAAGAAGCCCUAGAAACAGGUGCCCAUGUGCAUAACCCGGCGGGACUAGCGAAGCGCGUUGAGAGUUACGAGGCCAAGAAGCAGCAUUACAUCCCUGCGAUCGAACGAGUAAUAUCUCUCAUCGAGAAGGGAGUGAAGGAUCAACUGACGGUGAAUGGCGAGACGGUGAAUCUCCUGUCAGACAUGGCGUCGAGGAUGGAUGCGCUGAAAAGGAGCGUGGAGGUGAUGGAUUCAUCGCUCAUAGAAUUCAACGUGGCCCCGGGUCAGCACUUGCGCGACUCUAUCUCAACUAUUGUCACCAUGGACAGCCCAGCCACUAGCCUUAUCGACACUCCCGGCAGCUCCCCACCUUCAUCGGUGGUCAUGACCCCUGCUAACAAAAGCUCAGGUGCUUCUUUGGGAAGCUCUAGCAGACGGGGAAGUUCUGUGGGCUCAGUCGCCCGCAGUACCGUGGCCAAGGUUCGACGAUACUCAGGGAUACCCCAGCCCACGGCAGCCCUGACGAGCAAGAAAUCGGCGAUCCCGAAACCAACACUGACGGCCCCAUCUCCCUGCAAACCAAGUGGUCUCUUUACACCUACUCCCGCUGCAAAGAAGGUGCCACGUCCGCCUCCACCUGUCAAAGACAAUCGCCCACGAUGGAACUCUAGUGUAAACACCAAUGAUCUGGAAGUCGGCCAUGUCUACAAGUCAAGCGCGCAAUUCCGCAAGUCUUCGGCUCCAAGUCGUACUCCUCGUCCUUUGUCAAUGAUGUCCCGCCGAGACCUUGCUGUAUCUCCUGCUCCCUCAACGGCACGGUCCCCCAGCCGUGUCUCCAGCCGCGUUUCCAGCCGCCUUGCAUCACGCAGCCCUAACCGCACCGGCUCUCCCACGCCCAACCGCUCCCUCCUUGACCCUCCACCCUACAGCAAGCUUCGGCGUCCGCCAGGGGCGGAAGGCAUCAACAACACUCCUCGAAACCGGCAAAGUUUUGCCGGGAUGUCGUUCAGCCGCAGUAUCUCACACGAUUAUGGCCGUAACCUGCUCAGUCCCACCAAGGCUGACGCCCGGGGACUGCACUGGGCCAUGGGGGCAGCCGGCGCAUCAGCUUGCUUCCUUUGCCGCGAAACAAAAGCGGGCGAGAUAGCAGUGCGGGCACUCGUAGUAAGCUGA